AUGAGAAGAAAGCAACAAACCAAAAUUAUUCCUUCGCCACCUCCUGCAAAUGAGGAGAGCAAUAAUGAGGAGAACAACAAUGAGGAGAACGAUGUCAAUAUGGUUUCUCAAGAAGUUAAUUCAGAAACUAAUUUCGAAAAUAAUUCAAGUUACAACGCUCAAAACCAGACUACAAAUGAACCAAAUGUUCAGAUAAAUUGA